AUGGCGGGCGGCGCGGGCUGGGCGGGCGCCCCCGCGGCUCUGCUGCGCUCGGUGCGCCGCCUGCGCCAGGUGUUCGAGGUGUGCGGCCGCGACCCCGACGGCUUCCUGCGCGUGGAGCGCGUCGCGGCGCUCGGCCUGCGCUUCGGCCAGGGCGAGGAGGUGGAAAAACUUGUGAAAUAUUUGGAUCCCAACGACCUGGGCAGGAUCAACUUCAAGGACUUUUGCCGGGGAGUGUUCGCCAUGAAAGGGUGUGAGGAGCUGCUGAAGGACGUGCUGUCCAUGGAGAGUGUGGGGACGCUGCCCUGCGCCCCGGAGAUCCCAGACUGUGUGGAGCAGGGCUGCGAGGUGCCAGGCCCCACCUUUGCGGAUGGUGAGCCCUUCCCCCGGGAGCCCGGCUUCUUUCCUGAGGAUGAGGAGGAGGCUAUGACACUGGCCCCGCCUGAGGGACCCCCGGAGUUAGACACGGACAGCCCCAUGGAGAGCGCCCAGAGCCUGGAGGGGUCAGUCGGGAGUCCUGCCGAGGAGAAGGACAGGGGCCUCGGGGGCCUCUUCCUGCCAGAGGACAAGUCCCUGGGCCACACGCCAUCCAUGACAACGUCAGACCUCUCCACACACUCCACUGCCUCGCUCGUCAGCCACGAGGAGCAGUUUGAAGACUACGGGGAGGGGGAGGACGUGGACUGCGCCCCCAGCAGCCCCUGCCCCGACGACGAGGCCAGGACCAACGUCUACUCGGACCUGGGGUCUUCAGUGUCUUCCAGUGCGGGGCAGACACCCAGAAAAAUGCGGCACGCGUACAACAGCGAAUUGCUGGAUGUUUACUGCUCCCAGUGCUGCAAGAAAAUCAACCUGCUGAAUGACUUGGAAGCCCGACUGAAAAACUUGAAGGCCAACAGCCCCAACCGAAAGAUCUCUAGCACGGCAUUUGGACGGCAGCUCAUGCACAGCAGCAACUUCAGCAGCAGUAACGGCAGCACGGAGGACCUGUUCCGGGACAGCAUUGACUCCUGUGACAAUGACAUCACGGAGAAGGUAAGCUUUCUGGAAAAAAAGGUGACAGAACUGGAGAAUGACAGCCUGACCAACGGGGACCUGAAGAGCAAACUGAAGCAGGAGAACACCCAGCUGGUGCACAGAGUGCACGAGCUGGAGGAGAUGGUGAAGGACCAGGAGACCACGGCCGAGCAGGCCCUGGAGGAGGAGGCGCGGCGACACCGGGAGGCCUACGGCAAGCUGGAGAGGGAGAAGAGCACCGAGAUCGAGCUGCUACACACCAGGGUGCAGCAAUUAGAGGAGGAAAACACAGAGCUUAGAACAACAGUGACUCGGCUCAAGUCACAAACGGAGAAGCUGGAUGAGGAGCGGCAGCGCAUGUCCGACCGGCUGGAGGACACCAGCCUGCGGCUCAAGGAUGAGAUGGACCUAUACAAGCGCAUGAUGGACAAGCUGCGGCAGAACCGCCUUGAGUUCCAAAAGGAACGGGAGGCGACACAGGAGCUCAUCGAAGACUUGCGGAAGGAGCUGGAGCACCUGCAGAUGUACAAGCUGGACUGCGAGCGGCCAGGCAGGGGCCGCAGCUCAUCCUCCGGCCUGGGCGAGUUCAAUGCCAGGGCCCGUGAAGUGGAGCUGGAGCAUGAGAUCAAGCGGCUCAAGCAGGAGAAUCAUAAGCUGCGGGAUCAGAAUGAUGACCUGAACGGACAGAUCUUGAGCCUCAGCCUCUAUGAAGCAAAGAACCUCUUUGCCACCCAGACCAAAGCCCAGUCUCUGGCUGCGGAAAUAGACACAGCCUCGCGCGAUGAGCUCAUGGAAGCCCUCAAGGAGCAGGAGGAGAUCAACUUCCGGCUGCGCCAGUACAUGGACAAGAUCAUCCUCGCCAUCCUGGACCACAACCCCUCCAUCCUCGAGAUCAAACACUGAGAAGGGGAGCUGGCUGCAGAGCGGCCUCAGGACCCCAGGACCAAAAGGCAGACCCUCCCGGGGGAUACGGCCCCGGCUGGGCCUCACGCACACACUGUAAAUGUCUCUCUGGCCACCAUGUAGUGUGUCGUGGUGUGGAUGUGGGGAGGCCGUGCACACAGCAAGGAGUUGGCGUGGGGCCGUGGCUGGGGAUGACAUGUGCGCAGUUAGCUGUUCAUGCACUUUGUGGUCCCUUUGCAGGGGCAGAGGGUCCUGGGGGUUGCAGGGGACAAGGUCUGCAAUCAGGAGUCACUGUAAUAACAAGAACUGGAAACGUGUGUUUCUGAUACUGGACAAAAUGAUUCUACCUCUGGGGAUGAGGGUUAAGAAACACUCUAGGAGACAGGCUCUUUUCCUCCACUGCAUCCCCCCGGGAGUAGGAGUAAAUGUACGAUUUUUUCCAGGAGUUCGAUUGCCCAACAGCUCUGUCCUCGCCAGCCUCUUCGGCCACCUUUGAAGUCCAGGUGCUCGAACUCAGAGAGGGGGAAGGGCCGUUCAGGAGGAACACGAGGGGGCCCUCACCAGCCCCCUCCCCGGCUGGCAGCCCCUGUGAUGCUUGCACCCAGGGUGUCCGAGGGACCCAAGCUUGUGAAGAGCCACCUUCGUUCUGGGAGUUCUCAGCAUUUUUAGAGCGCCUGGCACCCAGGCCCAUCCCUGCUUAUCUACCUCUCCCUUCCCAUUUUGUUUUGCUUGUAAGACAAUGAGAAAUAAGCAGCAUUCACUGGGCUGUAAAGGGAAGGGAUUAUGAGGAAGGAGAAGGAGGUGGAGGGACUGGUGUUUAAGGCAGGGGUCGGCCUCGGACAGCCGGCUCGCCUGCCCGUCAGUGUCCUUCCCCGGCCGCUGUGUUGUAUGAGGGGCCAGGAUGGGCCUUGGAGCUGCAUCUAGGGGCUGGGCGUGGGCCUUGCUGUCUCGUGCCUGCUCCCUGCACAGCCUGGCGACAGCAGGCCUCGGGCUCCGAACCAGGGCUCCGGUCUGCGCUGGGCUGGUGGGGGGCCCAGGUGGGGGAGUUUCAGGGAAACCUUAGUCUUCCAUCCUCGUGACACGUGUGGGAAUCCACACUCUGGAUUGUUAAUGCAGUUUUUUUGUUCCAGGCAUCUGGGAGUGGAUAUGGUACUUUCCUUUGAGGUUUUCCAGUGUUUCUCAAUUUUAUAUGGCUGAUGCAUUUCCUUAAUCCAAAUAUACAUAAAAAUGUAUGGUCUUUAUUUUUUUCCCCCUGCAGUUUGCUUUUGUUAGCACUUCUAGUGUAAAGG